AGCAAUAUGAGCUCGUGAUCUUCAAAUUUUUAGAUCAAGAAUUUACGAAUACGAUUGCAAGAAGAAAAUCCAUCAUCAAGAAAAAUGGUAGCAGCACCAGCCAACACAAACACGACUGUGAGGACCAGUGAGGUUUCGACCGGACCUUGUGCCGCCACUCUCGGUCCGAAAUUAGCGCCUUUUAAUCCCAGCGGCGACUUCGUAGUCGAAGCAGCUUUGCAGUUUUUAACUUGUCAUGAGGACGAGACGGGUUCGUCAACUACAUCUCCAACCUCUUUGCGAGAAAUUUUUGUAGAUCUAGGAUAUGGGGACGGACGAGUCGCGGUCUGAUCGUCGUGAAGUAUCUAUAUUCUUCUCCUUUUCGUCAGCUUCUUGGAGUGAUUGCCACCAAGUGCUGCUUGAUCCUGGAUGGUUUUUCAUGAGGUUUUUAGGGUAAGCAGGAGAUGGCUGGCGGUUUGUUUUUGGGGAAAAAAAAACAGGAGAUGGGUGGUGAUUGGAAGAAAAGAUAAAGGUGAGGGUCAAGGUCAUGCUGUUAGUUCAACAUAUCAGUUGCUUUCUCUUGAGCGCAGCAAGGUCCUACGAAGUCCUUUGUAAAGAUCUACGACUACAUCCUCAAUAUCCAAAAAUGAGCACGAAAGUAGAAUUACUCCAUGGUCUGACAUGGCCUGUUCUCGCGUGUCGCGGCAUCUUCAUCGCCUGCAUUGGCGUCGUGAAGCUUCCGACGUGAUGAAAUACUUUCCUCAGUGGCGUCUGAGGUUGAUGCAGUUCCAUUCUUAUGUCUCGCACUUUGGCACUAUCAUGGGCAGCCUUCAUAUCAUUAGCAGCCUGAAGGCUUGACAUCGACUGGCUUUGCGUGGGCAUCGUUUUUUCUGUGGUUGAAUGCUGGAAGAGCAGUUAAGUAAGUGAAUUCGCUUUGGAAAAAGCACGCCUGGAAAUGGUAAACACAAUGCGUUAUAAUUGAAAGUUUAUGACAUUUAGCGACGUGAAGUGCGCGACAGGUCCUCUGGCGUCCUUCUAGAAGGUUACCAUGUAACCUAGUUCGACUUCGAGGAUGUGAAAUGCUUGAUGAUUCGGACUACUUUCUUGCUUCUGCUAGCAACGGGCUUGCUUUCUUUGGUCCAUCUAAUCUUAUCGAGAUGUAGUAAAUCUUAAUCUUUAACUCUUGCUGAAGUAGAAGAUCUUGAGAAUUCUAUAAAAUCGAGAAAUGUGAGAAGUGAGUAGUACCUGAUGCGCAUUCUACUUUCUUGUGUCUUGUUCCUUGGUUUUACUUCACAUCAGAUUUGGCAAUCGAGAUACCAGGCAGAGUGUGUGACUUCCAGGAGAAGGCUUGCGUCAGAAAAUGGGAGGCCUCAUUUCCGGCCGAACUCUUCACGUUCCGCGGCUGUGAUGACAGCUUAUGUCGUGUAGCACGCAGCGUCAAUUUUACUUGUUAACACCAGGCCAUAAAUAGCAGCGCUUUUAUUUGUUCAUGCUUACUGACUAGCUCUAAGCAACAAGUCCGUGAAGAAGAAAAUCUAUCGGCCAGACGACAUCGAGGCGAGCCAGUGUGUAGUGAGGAAAGGGCUCCAGGUAUCAGCGCUAUUGUAUUCACGACGUCCACCCUCCACCACCUCCUUGUGGGUGACGUCGCUUUUGCAGGUCUAUUGCUUGGUCAUAAAUUUCAGAUCUCCUAUUUUUUAUUUCUCAAAAUUUAAAUCUAUCAGUUACAAUCUCACUCCUCAAGUCAUCAUCAAUCAAAUUCGAAUUCCUUCCUUUCAGCCUUCAUGAUGUGGCUUUAAUUCCCUUCAGGUAAUCCUCACCUUGGCUUACGACUCGCAGAAUUUUGCGAUGUCAAGCAUGAGGAUGGGCGAGUUAGUUGAGGAAUAAGGUUCCAAAUUUUGACUUGAUGGAAGUAGUGCGUUGCAGAGGAUAGCAAGCGUUGUCGUGGGAUAGUUCGCUGUUUUUCCUAGUCGUGCUGAAGGGCGAUACAGCAGAAAAUGGAAGGCGAUGCUUCCUUUCAUGGAUGUGCAUUUAAGCCUAAGCGGAGACUAGGGCGAGACUUUGAAGUUUCUCGACACUCACAACGUCGAUCAUCUCAUUAUUCGAGACUCAUCGAGUUGAUCUUGAUUCGCCCUUGUCGCAGCACUCCAAACUACUCGCUUAUCUGCAGUAAAGCUGCUGGAGAGCGAGGCGCGCAGUCAGUUUCAUUGUAAAGGCAUGGCGCACAUUCUUUCACGUCUAGAUACUAUUCUCUGACAUGCUGAUACUCACUUGCGUUAAUUCACCACAACACAACACAUGAGUCAAAGAUCUUGGACCACGAGGACGUGCUCUGGAAUUACAGUUAGAAACUCCAAGGCAGACAUUCCAGUUGGGAUAUUAAUGCUGCUGGAACAGCAGCAGAAUGAACGCUUGCUCGUGGAGUGAUGAGCAAUAGCGACAAAACAGCACGAAU